UUUCUCGCUUGAUACUGGUUCAAAAAUGGCAGAUGUCAGAACCCGAUGGAGUAUCACCUGCGUCCCGUUCAUUUUGUCCGGAUUUUUGGUGAUAUCCUAGAGUCUGUGGAGUUCAGAGCGGCACGCCAAGUUAACCUUUGCCGUGUUAUACCUUAUUAUUUGCGGUGUUCCGUAUUAUCCGCGCGAGACUUGUUGCUAAGCAAACUGGCUAAUCCGAAAUUUGUAAACAUUGGCUAGCUAGCGAUUUAUUCCCCGGGGCUAGCUAAGCUAACGGUCUCAAACAAAAAUGGCCACUAUGGAGAAAUUAAUGAAAGCCUUCGAGUCACUUAAAUCAUUCCAGCAACAACAGCAAGGCCCGCUGUCUGCAGAGGAACUUGUCCAAAAACAGAAAAAAGAUCUCGCAACGACCAAAAAGGACCGAGUGACUCAUUGUUUGACGAUAUGUGAGAAUAUCGUAGCACAGUCUCUAAGGACGUCGCCAGAGUUCCAGAAACUUCUGGGAAUUGCCAUGGAAAUGUUCCUGUUGUGCAGCGAUGACAAGGAGUCCGACGUCAGGAUGGUUGCAGACGAGUGCCUAAACAAAAUCAUUAAAGCAUUGAUGGACUCCAACUUGCCUCGAUUGCAGCUUGAGCUAUAUAAAGAGAUUAAGAAGAACGGUGCCUCUCGGAGCCUGCGGGCAGCGCUGUGGAGGUUUGCUGAGCUCGCUCAUCUUGUGCGUCCGCAGAAAUGCAGGCCGUAUCUGGUGAAUCUGCUACCCUGCCUGACACGGAUCACUAAACGUCAAGAGGAGACGGUGCAGGAAACUCUGGCUUCCUCCGUUCCCAAAAUCAUGUCAUCCCUUGGGAACUUUGCCAAUGACACUGAAAUCAAGGUGCUUCUGAAAGCCUUUGUGGCAAAUCUGAAGUCCAGCUCUCCCACAAUUCGGCGCACGGCGGCCAGUUCAGCUGUCAGUGUUUGUCAGCAUUCACGCAGAACCAAUUACUUCUACACUUGGCUCCUUAACGUGCUGCUAGGCCUGGUAGUGCCAGUGGAUGAUGAACAUUCAAGCCACCUGAUUCUGGGUGUGCUGUUAACCCUGCGCUACCUGAUGCCCCUGCUGCAGCAGCAGGAUGCCAGCACCAGUCUGAAAGGCAGCUUCGGUGUCAUGCGAAAAGAAGCGGACAUCUCGCCCACACCUGAGCAGCUCGUCCAGGUGUAUGAGCUGACACUACACUACACACAGCACCGUGAUCAUAACGUGGUAACGGCAUCUCUGGAGCUUCUGCAACAACUGUUCCGUACUCCGUCCCCUGAGCUCCUAAACACACUCAUAAUUCCUGGCAAAAUCGCACACACCCGUGUCUUCAGAGAGGAGAUGGAGAGCCGUGCACGCAGCGGGAGCAUCGUUGAGCUCAUUGCUGGUGGAUCAACAUCCAGUCCACUCGUCCUCAGGAAGCAGAAAGGUAAAAUCCUGUCAGGGGAAGAGGAGGGUCUGGAGGAUGAUCCUGAGAAGGCAGAGGUCACAACAGGCUCAUUUGCAGCCUCUGUGGGAGCGGAAAGCUCCAGUGACGCCCCCUCCUCAACAGGUGUGGCAUCCCUCAGCCAGGCUGACAUCAUCACAGAGCAGCCACGCUCUUCCCAGCAUGCACUGCAGCCAGGCGACUCUGUAGACCUGAGUGCGUCUUCAGAACAAGGGGGCGGGCCUGACACACCCGACGAGGAAGACGAAGACAUGUUGAGUCGCAGCUCGAGCAGUGCUGCCAGGGCCGUCGGCGCCACAACAGACUUGCACACUGAGACCAAUCCUUCUUCAGUGGGGGCGGGGUCAUCGUCGCCUCCUAGCGACAGUUCCCAGACGACCACAGAGGGGCCUGAUUCGGCCGUGACGCCCUCGGACUGCGCUGAGCUCGUGUUGGAUGGCAGUGAGAGUCAGUACUCAGGGAUGCAGAUAGGCACUCUGCAGGAUGAAGAAGAAGAAGGGGCAGCUCCUGCCCAUGAUGAAGCUCCAGAGUCUUUUGCUCACUCUGUGCUGGCACUGAGUAAGCCUCACCUACUGGAGGGUAAAGGCCACAACAGACAAGCUUCUGAUAGCAGCGUUGAUCGCUUUAUACCAAAGGAUGAGGUUCUGGAGCCAGUGGACCUCGAUAACAGGCUGUCUAGGAUUAAAGGGGACAUCGGACACUACACUGAUCCAGCAGAGGCGCCUCUGGUGCACUGUGUGAGACUGCUGUCUGCCUCCUUCCUGCUCACUGGCCAGAGAAACGGGCUGGUUCCUGAUAAAGAGGUUCGUGUGAGCGUGAAGGCUUUAGCCGUCAGUUGUGUAGGCGCAGCAGCAGCUCUUCUUCCUGAAACGUUUUUUAACAGACUGUACCUGGACCCCCUGGAUGGACAACAGACAAAUGAGCAGCAGUACAUCAGCGACAUCCUGCUCUACAUUGAGCACGGGGAUCCUCAGAUUAGAGGAGCUACUGCCAUACUGUGUGGAGCUUUGAUCCAAGCCAUCCUGCUCAAGACUCGCUUCAGCACAGAGUCAUGGCUCACACGUCUCCAAAGCACCACUGGAAACAAAGUGUCUCUGGAAGACAUUGUACCCUUACUACAACGAAGUCUGAAGGAUGAGUCCUCAGUGACUUGUAAGAUGGCCUGUUCAGCUGUAAGGCACUGUAUCAUGGCUCUGUGCAGCAGCAGUUUCAGUGAGCUGGGUCUGCAGCUUCUCAUUGACCUUCUGACCCUGAGGGAUUGCUCUUACUGGCUGGUCCGUAACGAGCUACUAGAAACCCUGGCAGAAGUAGAUUUUCGGUUAGUGUGCUUCCUAGAGAGGAAAACGGAGAAGUUGCACAAAGGAGAGCAUCAUUAUACUGGGUUUUUGCGUCUGCAGGAUAGAAUAAUAAAGGACGUAGUGCUUUAUCUUCUUGGUGACGAUGAUCCACGUGUGCGACAUGUUGCGGCGUCUAUUGUUACGAGGCUGGUGUCUAGGUUGUUCUACGAUUGUGACCAGGCUCAGGCAGAUCCAGUGGUGGCCAUUGCACGUGAUCAGAGUAGUGUCUACUUGCAGCUUCUAAUGCACGAGACCCAGCCACCAUCUCAGUUUACUGUCAGCACCAUUACACGGACAUAUCGAGGUUACAGUCUAUCACCGGGUGUGCCGGAUGUUACAGUGGAGAACAACCUUUCUCGAGUGAUCACUGCCAUCUCUCACGCGCUUACCUCCUCCACCUCUAGAGCUCUGACUUUUGGCUGCUGUGAGGCACUAUGUCUGCUAUCCUUCACUUUCCCAGUGUGCACCUGGAGCACAGGAUGGCACUGCGGUUUUGUCAGCUCCCCUGUGUCCCACUAUGGCCGUUCCAGCCAGAACCGCAGCCAAACACGUUCCUACAGCCUAUCUCAGAGCCAGAGUGGCAGCGGUGACGACAGCCGCAGGUCCUUGAUUGUUGGCAUGGCCAGCAUGGUACUGUCCCUGCUCUCCUCCGCCUGGUUCCCACUGGACCUCUCUGCCCACCAGGAUGCCUUGAUACUGGCUGGAAACCUGCUUGCUGCUGCUGCACCAAAGUGUAUGAAAAGCCCAUGGGGUAGUGAGGAAGAGUCUGGCUCUGCUCCCUCCAAACAGGAAGAGGCAUGGCCUGCUCUGAGUGACCGUUCUCUAGUUGCUAUGGCAGAGCAAUUGUUUUCACACUUGCUAAAGGUCCUCAACAUCUGUGCACAUGUACUGGAGGACACUUCCCCAGGUCCUGUUGUGAAGGCCACCUUGCCAUCACUGACCAACACUCCAUCCCUGAGUCCAAUCAGGAGAAAGGGCAAAGAAAAGGACACAAAUGAAGCCAGCACCACUCCUAUGAGCCCAAAGAAAGGAGGAGAGACCAAUGCUGGCAGACCAGCGGACAGCACAGGCACAGCUCCAGCGAGCAAAUCCACCUCAGUGGGCAGCUUUUAUCACCUGCCUCCUUAUCUGAAGCUUUACGAUGUGCUCAAGGCCACUCAUGCCAACUACAAAGUAACACUCGACCUCCAUAACACCAGUGAGAAAUUUGGCAGCUUCCUGCGGUCUGCACUUGAUGUUCUGUCCCAGCUGUUGGAACUGGCCACCCUGCAUGACAUUGGCAAAUGUGUGGAGGAAAUCUUGGGUUACCUGAAGUCCUGUUUCUCACGGGAACCCACUCUAGCCACAGUGUGUGUCCAACAGCUGCUUAAGACCCUGUUUGGCACAAACCUGGCCUCUCAGUAUGAUGGGACCUCUUCACACCCGUGCCGCUCUCAGGGGAAGGCUCUCCGUCUGGGAUCAUCCAGCCUGCGACCAGGCCUCUAUCAUUAUUGCUUCAUGGCACCGUAUACACACUUCACCCAGGCUCUUGCAGAUGCCAGUUUAAGGAACAUGGUACAAGCUGAACCUGAGCAAGACGCAUCAGGGUGGUUUGAUGUAAUGCAGAAAGUGUCCAAUCAGCUGAGGUCAAGCAUCACUAAUGUGACACGUCAUCGAGGAGACAAGAAUGCCAUCCACAAUCAUAUCCGCCUGUUUGAGCCGCUGGUGAUCAAAGCGCUAAAGCAGUACACCACCAGCACCUGUGUGGCCCUGCAGAGACAAGUGCUGGACCUGCUCGCUCAGCUCGUCCAGCUCCGAGUCAACUACUGCCUGCUCGAUUCUGACCAGGUGUUUAUUGGUUUUGUGCUGAAGCAGUUUGAAUACAUUGAGGUGGGGCAGUUCAGGGAUUCCGAGGCAAUCAUUCCCAAUAUUUUCUUCUUUCUGGUGCUGCUGUCCUACGAGCGUUAUCACUCCAAACAGAUUAUCAGCAUUCCAAAGAUUAUUCAGCUGUGUGACGGCAUCAUGGCUAGUGGCAGAAAGGCGGUCACCCAUGCAAUCCCUGCACUGCAGCCCAUAGUGCAUGAUCUUUUUGUGCUGCGAGGCUCCAAUAAGGCUGAUGCAGGGAAAGAGCUGGAGACUCAGAAAGAGGUGGUGGUGUCCAUGCUGCUGCGCCUUAUACAGCAUCACCAGGUGUUAGAGAUGUUUAUCCUGGUCCUGCAGCAGUGUCACAAAGAGAAUGAAGAUAAAUGGAAGAGGCUGUCGCGGCAGAUUGCUGACAUAAUCCUACCCAUGAUUGGUAAACAGCAGAUGCACCUGGAUUCUCCUGAAGCUUUGGGAGUGCUGAACACGCUCUUUGAGACGGUAGCGCCAUCUUCAUUGAGACCAGUGGACAUGCUGCUGAAGAGCAUGUUUGUCACACCGUCUACAAUGGUGUCAGUUGGUACAGUGCAGUUGUGGGUGUCUGGAAUCCUGGCCAUUUUGCGUGUAUUGAUCUCCCAGUCAACAGAGGACAUCAUUCUAUGUCGCGUCCAGGAGCUGUCUCUGUCUCCGUACCUUCUGUCCUGUUCCACCAUCUGCCUUCUCCACAACAAUGAAUCUUCUUCUCCAACUGCCCCUGCAACUGCUGAUGAAGACACCAAUGGAGAGCCACAGCGCUUCCUACCUGAAGAGACAUUUGCCAGAUUCCUUCUGCAAUUGGUAGGUGUAUUGUUGGAUGAAAUCUCCAGUAAGCAGGUGAAAGUGGAUAUGACUGAGCAGCAACACACGUUCUACUGCCAGCAGUUGGGCACACUUCUUAUGUGUCUCAUCCACAUCUUCAAAUCAGGAAUGUUCCGGCGCAUCACGGCUGCAGGCAGCCGGCUGCUGAAGGUGGAGGGGACUGAGGGAGUGAAUUUCUACACCCUGGAAGGGCUUAAUGGCCUGGUGUUGCAGCUCAUCACCACACACCCCUCACUGGUGCUGCUCUGGUGCCAGGUGCUGCUUAUAAUCAACUACACUAACUACACCUGGUGGACUGAAGUACACCAAACUCCCAGGAGGCACAGUUUAUCCAGCACUAAGUUGCUAAGCCCACACUCGUCUGGAGAGGAUGAGGAGCACAGGCCUGAGGGAAAGCAAGCCAUGUGUAACAGAGAGAUUGUUCGCAGAGGAGCACUCAUUCUCUUCUGUGACUAUGUGUGUCAGAACCUCCAUGAUUCGGAACAUCUGACUUGGCUGACGGUGAACCACGUGAGGGAUUUAAUCAGCCUAUCACAUGAACCGCCUGUGCAGGACUUCAUCAGUGCAGUGCACCGCAAUUCUGCAGCCAGUGGCCUCUUCAUUCAGGCCAUCCAGUCCCGCUGUGACAAUCUCUCUACUCCGGUGAUGCUGAAGAAGACUCUGCAGUGUCUGGAGGGAAUUCACCUGAGUCAGUCUGGAGCUCUGCUUAUGCUUUACGUGGACAAGUUGUUGAACACGCCCUUCCGUGUGCUGGCCCGCAUGGUGGACACACUCGCCUGCAGAAGAGUGGAAAUGCUGCUUGCUGAGACUUUACAGAAUAGUAUAGCACAGCUUCCAGUGGAGGAACUGGACAGGAUCCAACAGUACCUCCAGACCAGUGGUCUAGCUCAGAGGCAUCAGAGGUUUUACUCCCUGUUGGACAGAUUUAGAGCCACUGUAGCAGAGGAAACCACAAGCCCCUCCCCUCCUAUUACAUCACACCCACUAGAUGGGAAUCCGCCCCCUGCCCCAGAGAGUGUCACUGCCAGUAAGGAUUGGUAUGUUGCUCUAGUGAAAUCCCAGUGUUGUGUGAGAGGUGAAGGAUCUCUAUAUGAGACAACUGACCUGCUAACCAAACUACCCCAAACUGACUUAAAUGCCAUCAUGUCCUGCAAGGACUUUAACCUGUGCCUGCUGGCUCCAUGUUUAAGUGUAGGCCUGCAGAGGCUGUGCAAAGAUCAGGGAGCAGUUCUUAUUGAGACCACCCUCCAGGUGAUUUUUGAGCAGUUGGCAAGCAUUACAGCACUGCUGCCCUCCCCUCAUCAGCCACUCCUCCUCUCUUCAAAACCUAACACGGACUCUUCGUACUGGAACGCACUUAGCAGUGUAUAUGGUGAGGCAGGAUUUUACCAGAGAGUGAUGAGUGUGUGUAGUGCACUGAGUCGGUACCUUCUGUCUCUGCCCAAAAUGCCCAUGGCUCUACAGAUCCCUCCAUCCACCGAGCACCUGAUCACCUCCUUUACCACCCUGGUCAUUGAGCUGGUGACAUGGCGUUUGCUACAGGACCAGUUACCUCUCAGUGUAGAUAUGCAGAUGAGUGUGUCCUGCCUGUGUUUGGCCCUACAACAGCCAUCAGUGUGGACAGACUUUGCCUCUCGAACCUACCUCACACACACAUGCUCCAUUAUCCACUGCAUUCACCUGCUGAUCUAUGCAGUCACAGUUGGUCCAGGUGAUCAGCUAGUAAGGCCUGAGAGAAAGACACACAGUGACCGAGACUCUGAGGAGGACCAGGUGGAUUCGGCAAAAGGCAACUUGGGUGAGCAGCAGUGCUGUGAGAUCAUGGCUGAGCUAGUGGAAAGCCUGCAGAGUGUUUUGGCUCUUGGUCACCACAGAAACAGCAAUAUCCCAGCAUUCCUUACUCCUGUCCUUAGGAAUGUCAUCAUCAGUCUGGCCAGGCUGCCCCUUGUCAACAGCUACACACGCAUCCCACCAAUGGUCUGGAAGCUGGGCUGGUCCCCCAGACGUGGUGGGGAGUUUGGCACAGCACUGCCUGAGAUUCCUGUUGAGUUUCUGCAAGAGAAAGACAUUUUCAGAGAAUUCCUCUACCGCAUUAAUGUUCUCGGCUGGAGCAGUAGGACCCAGUUUGAAGAGACUUGGGCUACUCUAUUAGGGGUGCUGGUCACCCAACCAAUCACAAUUGAUCAAGAGGAGGAGACUCAACAAGAGGAGGAUCUGGAGAGGACGCAGAUAAACGUGUUGGCGGUGCAGGCCAUCACCUCCCUGGUGCUGAGCGCCAUGACUCUGCCUAUAGCCGGGAACCCUGCAGUCAGCUGCCUGGAACAGCAACCACGCAACAAGAGCCUCAAAGCAUUAGAAACCAGGUUUGGGCGUAAGUUGAGUGCAAUCAGAGGUGUAGUGGAAAGGGAGAUUCAGGCCAUGGUGUCCAAGCGAGACAAUAUAUCCACACACUUUCCUUACCAAGCAUGGGACCCGGUGCCAUCACUGUCCUCCUCCUCAGCAGGCACUUUAAUCAAUCAUGAGAAGCUCCUCCUGCAGAUUAACACAGAGAGAGAAAUGGGCAACAUGGAUUAUAAACUAGGCCAGGUGUCAAUUCACUCUGUGUGGCUGGGGAAUAAUAUCACUCCACUGAGGGAGGAAGAGUGGGGGGAUGAUGAGGAAGAUGAAACUGAUGCUCCUGCAGCUGCCUCACCUCCGACAUCUCCUAUUAACUCCAGAAAGCACCGAGCUGGGGUUGACAUCCACUCCUGCUCCCAGUUCCUCCUGGAGCUCUAUAGCCAGUGGAUCCUCCCUGGUAGCCCUAGCAGCAGAAAAACUCCAGUGGUGCUUAUAAGUGAGGUGGUGAGAUCGCUGUUGGCAGUGUCUGAUCUGUUCACGGAGAGGAAUCAAUUUGAUAUGAUGUUUUCCACACUGAUGGAGCUGCAGAAGGUUCACCCUCCAGAGGACGAAAUCCUCAACCAAUAUCUUGUUCCUGCUAUCUGCAAAGCAGCUGCUGUGCUGGGCAUGGAUAAGAUGACAGCAGAGCCUGUGUGUCGGCUGUUGGAGUCAUCACUGAAGAGCACUCAUCUGCCCAGUCGAAUUGGAGCACUGCAUGGAGUGUUGUAUGUGCUGGAGUGUGAUCUACUGGACGACACAGCACGCCAACUGAUACCCACCGUCAGCGAUUAUGUACUGACUAAUCUUCGGGUCAUUGCCCACUGUGUGAACCUGCAAAAUCAGCAGCAUGUGUUAGUAAUGUGUGCUGUGGCAUUCUACAUGAUGGAAAACUAUCCGCUAGAUGUUGGGCCAGAAUUUAAUGCAGGAGUCGUCCAGGUGUGUGGCAUAAUGCUCUCAGCCAGUGAAGAGGCCACUCCGUCUGUAAUCUACCACUGUGCACUGCGAGGUCUAGAGCGAUUGCUUUUGUCUGAGCAGCUGUCACGCAUGGACGCUGAGACGCUGGUGAAGCUGAGCGUGGAUCGUGUUAACAUGCCGAGCCCACACCGCGCCAUGGCCGCCCUGGGUCUCAUGCUCACCUGCAUGUACACAGGUGUGCCUGGAGAGGAAGGGAAGGAGAGGGGGAGUCCUGGUCGGCCGGCUGACACAGACCCCACUGCUCCUGACAGCGAGUCUGUUAUUGUUGCCAUGGAGCGUGUCUCAGUUCUUUUUGAUAGGAUCCGUAAAGGUUUUCCAUGUGAAGCACGUGUGGUAGCGCGAAUCCUGCCCCAGUUCCUGGAUGACUUUUUCCCACCGCAGGACGUCAUGAACAAAGUCAUUGGAGAGUUUCUGUCUAAUCAGCAACCUUACCCACAGUUUAUGGCCACAGUGGUUUAUAAGGUGUUUCAGACACUCCACGCCACUGGUCAGUCCUCCAUGGUGCGAGACUGGGUGCUGCUUUCACUUUCCAACUUCACACAGAGGACACCUGUUGCCAUGGCAAUGUGGAGCCUUUCCUGUUUUUUCGUCAGCGCCUCCACCAGCCAGUGGAUAUCUGCACUCCUGCCUCACGUCAUCAGUCGCAUGGGCAAGGCAGACACAGUGGACGUUAGCUUGUUCUGUCUGGUAGCUAUGGACUUUUACCGACACCAGAUUGAUGAAGAGCUGGACCGCAGGUCCUUCCAGUCCGUUUUUGAGAUGGUGGCAUCGCCCGGUAGUCCUUACUACCAGCUGCUGUGCUGUCUGCAGAGCAUUCACCAGGACACGUCACUAUGAGGCACACGCUUCAUGCCAGUAGACUGGCUGUAAAGUACUGCUUAUCAUGCAGGACAUAGUAAUCCAGUGGGUGUAGACAGUUUACUUUAACCAUAGGACCAAACCACAGAGGCAACAUAGUACACACUAACAAUACACCAGCUUUACAAACAGCAACCAUAGCAUGUCACGUAACAUGUGCUCUGCAAUACAGAGCUGCCUGUCAGUCUUGUUCAUUGUGAAACAUGUCGGGGGGGUGGGGGGUGAAUCAGUACUUGAUCUAGAUGUAAAGUCUGAAGGCGAAUGUGGGGAUAAGAGCAAAAUAUUCUUCUCUAAACACUCCUUCCUGCUCGCUGACAUAUUCACAGUGAACAGAUGAUUGUACAAAUCCUUUUCCCAGGUUUAGGAGCUCAUUUUCCCAGCUUCGCAGCUUUGCAUCUCUUAGCGUUGUCGAAUUUCAAAACUGUCCAAGAACCGCAAAGUUAAAUGCUCACUCGAAACAUAAUAUCUGCAUGAAAGAGUAAACGUUUUUAGCAGAAGACUUUUCUUCUUGAAAUCAUUCCUUUGUACAAAGAUUUACCCGAUCGGUCCUUUAGCACUUGGGGAAAGUAGAGAGAUUUAACUGUAAACUGACUUGAUGAUAUGAUUCUCCCUCUUAUGAGGAAGCUUGCAUAAGCCAUGUUGAAAGAAGAUGCUGAUGACAUUAUUUACAUGUAUUUAAAAUGUAAAAUGUGCUUGAUAUAUAUUUUUAGGGCUGUGAAAUGGUAGAAUGAACUGGCACAAAGUUUACCGUUCUUUAACAACACCAGUUGUCUCUUGAUUUAUUUUUAUUUUUAUUGUUUUUGGUUUUUAUGUUUAAAUAUAUUAUUUUUUAUUUCAAUUUGACACCCGCUCUUCAGUGAUGCAAAAGUGAAGCCCGAUGCAGAAAGGCUUGAAACAGCCGUAGUGCUCUUAGGUGUUUUUAGAUUGUGGAGUCGUAGCAGAUAAGAAUACAAAGUGAGCUUGUUAAACUGGUGUCUGCACUUACAGUGAAUUUGAUGUAAUCCGUUUCCACCUUCUGAACUGAUUUUUUGACGUUUGAUUUGUUUUAAUGCUCAGGAUGUAAUGUGAUUCUUGAUCUAGUGUCACAACCGGAAGUCUAUUUUUUAUGUUGUGUCGCAACUCAUGUAAAAUGUAUGUAAGAGAAGAAAAUAUUUGUGUUAUACUACUAAAACUCUGCUGCAUGAGAAUAGCCAUCUAAUGCCAGAUGGCAUGAAGAGACUACAUUUACUGAAUGUUUGCAAACCACUUCCCUCGACGUAAACAAUGUGUGUAAUGAUAAACUGACAGCUUUCACUCUCUGAAGGCUUGGAGCGAACAAUCAGAUCGGAGGUGUUUAGACAGCUGAGGCGUCCCUUCACUGUAAAUAGAAGCCUGGCAGCAUCUUGUAUAUUUAGCCUGCAGCAUGCCGUUGUCUGCUUUUAAUAUUGAGUCUUCAUGUGAUGUUAAAACCACAGUGGAGGAGAACGCAACACCUGAAGUAUGGCGACCAACUUGGAAUAAAUUUGAUUCUCUAUCAUACCACGGCCGUGCGAUUUCUUGCGUUACUGUUAUCUCGAGGUAUGUAUCCAGUGCUGCGUUGUUUUAGCGAUUAUAGAGAGUCAUCCUUUCGCAUUUUCCAAGUUGAAAUGUACAAUUUUAUAGACAUGCCCGGUCAGUGUUUCAUGCACCUGAAGAUUUCAGCUUCAGUGCUGCUCUAAAGUCUGUAUUUCCUUCUGCAAAUGUCUUCUCCACCCAAGCCUGUAAAUCCCAUAUGGGAUGAAUCAAAUACAAAGAAGAAGAAAAAGACGCUGAUUAGAAUGGACGGUAGGUUGGCUGGUUUGAUUUUUAGCAUUUAGGUUUUCUUUCUUCAAUAUCUGCCUCUCCCUUAGCACAACCUUCAACCCCUAGUUUCGCUUAAGCUAGUACGCUUCAGUGCGCUUUCAGUGUAACUCUGUAUACUUGAGGCACAGGUCAGUCAACUGACCGUAGAUGAGGUGAGUAAAGACAGCAUGGAUUAUGAAACUGUUUUGUCUCUACUUACUCAUCUACUGCCCUGUUCAGUCAGGAAGGCUAUGAUAGUGUUGCACUGGAGCUUCCUGAAAACUUAGACUGGUGUGUUAAAUAUUCCACUCUGCAAGCUGGUGGAAUGAAGAUGUCGUAUUUACUGUUAUGGCAUAUUUUAAUAUAAAACUACUGGAAAGAUUAUAAUGUAGUAAUAAAAUGUUUAAAAUUA